AUGUUGACACCCCGUCAAAAGAAUCGUUUAAUGCCUUACGCCUGUUUUGUCCGAAAAGUAAGUAGGGCACGAAGUGAAAGAGGAGCAAGACUUGCUUUGCAGAAAGGAAAUGGUAUUGGAGCUUUUGCCGCUCUCCUUACCCCAAUACUCAUUGAACUUGCGCGCUCUAUAAAAAGCGGAAAUUAA